ACGGCUUGAACAGGGAGUACAGGGACACCCGCCCCCAAUUCAAAAGGCAAAGAAGAUCUAUAAUAUCUUCCAGUCUCUGGUCUGCAGGCUGCUAGACUUUCUGUGCUUGUUUUCUUUCCCUGCAGUUCUCGGUUCUUCAAGUCUGUAUUUGCAGCCAUGUUGUCUUCGAUCCUUCCCGUCGCGCUCUUCUUUCUCUCCAAGUCAGCCGUUGCGGCUCCAGCACUGGUCACAGGCACGGCGCUACCACCUCAGAUCACUCAACAAGCUGGUGGUGGCCUACCAAACCAACCUGGUACACCCAAACUGUCGCAGAAUGCUCUCAACAACUUUCAAGUCGCCAACUUCCUGGAGAAUCUCGAAUCAGCCUUCUUCCAAGAGGGUCUGAUGAAUUUCACGCAAUGGGGUAGCGGUGGCACAACAAACGGCGUGAGCAAUCUGAAUGUGGUUUCCCAUAUUGCUGCGCAAGAGGAAGUCCACGUGGCAGCAAUUGUGGGACUGUUGACAGGCAACGGAGCUCAAGAUGUCCUGCCUUGCCAAUACAACUUCCCUGUCUCUGACGAGACAAGCUUCUUUGCUUUGGGCAACAUCAUCACAAGCGUCGGGAUUGGGGCUCUUAUAGGUCUGCAAAGCGCCCUGUCGACGACCGAUCCAGGCCUCGAAGCUACCAUCGGCUCUAUCCUCCCUGUUGAAUCUCGUCACGAUGCGUUCUUCCGCCUGACUGCGGGCGAGAUACCCAACCCCACCACAUUUGAGACCCCAAUCAGUGGUAUUUGGGCUUACAAUCUGGCUCUCGAUUUCGUCGUCGGAGGCUCAUGCCAGAACCUGCCUCAAUCGAUCAUUUCCUUGCCGGUGUUCCCCGACCUGGGCAUUGUCGGUUAUGGCGGUCCGUCUUUCGCUACCCCCAACGCGCCUGGAGAGUUGGUCUUCAGAGUAGGACAACCGACCAUGAUGCCACAGGGCUGGAAUUCAGGCCCAUUAUACAUGGCAUGGGUCAACCAGAACAACCUGCCUGCGUACACCCCAGUGACCACAGACGGCAAUGGCGAUCUGCACGCUGAUGUCCAGCCAAACAUGUUCGGCAUGGCAUUUGCCGCACUCACAAAUCAAAACACGGCAACGAAUGUGGACGACUUGACGAAGGCAACAUUAGCUGGACCCAUCCCAAUUCCGCUCACUUGAGGCAUACACUAGCAUCGGCGUUUCUGCUGGAAGACCUGCAUGGGGUGGCGCAGGGGUUGUGAUAUUGAAUACUUUAGCGUGGUUUGGGAGAAUAAUGUGUUGUAUGUACAAUCUCACCAGAGAGACUUGCGUUUAUUAGAUGUUUU